AUGAAUCCCAAAAAAUUGUCAAGUGACAUCAAUAAAAAGUUCUGUGAUGUUGAAGAAGAGCAACAAGUCGUAGCAACGACAAUGGAUAAUUUCAGCAAAGGUGUAGCGACAAAAUCUCAAUCGAAAAGUGGCCAGAAUCUGCCAUGCGAUUCUGAAAAAACACAAUUUGCGCUUGACAGUCUGCAAAUUAGCAAUGAGCGGUCAGCUAUAGCAGCACCGUUUAUGCCAAUUUCUGGACAAAUAUCAAUUGAAUUCGGUAAAUUAACUAUUCCGCACAUUACCUGCGCUUCAUGCAAAUCUCGCGGAGAAUAUGAAAGUAUCGACGUGGAGAUACAAGACGAAAAACUGCCAGAAAAAUCAGCUGAUAAUAAGGAUGAGAGGUAA